AUCUUUUAUCUUUGAGGAUUUUGCCAUUGUGGCUCCAUAAUCCCCUUGCGUAAAAAUGGCAGUGAGUUUGAGUCUUGUUUCCUCAUUCAAAGGACUCUCCUUAUCUUCCAAUUCUCUCCUCGGGGUUUCUCUUCCCAUUGCCCCCAAGUUCUCCGUUUCCUUCCCGUUGAAAUCUCCAUUGACAAUUGAGUCUGCACACAAGAAAGGAGCAGGUAGCACUAAGAACGGUCGAGAUUCUCCUGGACAGAGGCUUGGUGUCAAGAUUUAUGGUGACCAAGUCGCCAAGCCCGGUUCUAUAAUCGUUCGCCAGCGCGGUACAAAGUUCCACCCAGGAAAGAAUGUUGGACUUGGCAAAGAUCACACAAUAUUUUCUUUGAUUGAUGGACUAGUCAAAUUUGAAAAGUUUGGGCCUGACAGAAAAAAGAUAAGUGUUUAUCCACGCGAGGUGCAACCUGAAAACCCCAACAGCUAUAGAAACCGAAAGAGAGAGUCCUUCAGAUUACAACGUGAACGUAGAAAGGCACGAAGAGAAGGUGUCAUCCCUGAGCCUCAGUUGAUAGUUGCUUCUGCUGCUGAAUCCUCCGAGGAUAAUCCUACAACCACUUGCUGAUAAUGGUCUUUCGACUUUUUAAACAUUCUGUUGUCGUUUUGGUUAUUGCUAGUAGUUACUUGGGAACACAUAUGCAGGCACAUUUUCUAAACUGUGUUUCUGCCAUUGUUGUCUUUUGUUUGUAAAUUGUGUUACUGAAAUCAUGGAUCUUUGUCACAGUUUGUAUGAGUACAGAAUGAAAUGUAUGAUUCAGAAGAUGCACCUUGGCACAAUAGCACAACCAAAAGAGUUU